AUGUUUGGUAUUAGGCAGGAAGGUUCCGUAGACGAAAUCCAGGACUUCCUUGCAGGGCGCGUCAUUAGCAGCACAGAGGGCCCUUGGCACAUAUUCAGCUUCCCCAUCCACGAACGCUUCCCAGCAAUCGUCCAGCUUGCUGUGCACCUAGAAAACGACGAACUUCGUUAUUUUUCUGCGUAUGUGGCUGCGCGUACCAAAGACACAACGCUUACAGAGUUAUUUAAACUUUGUCGACAGGACGAGUUUGCUAGGACUACUGUACCCAGACGUGCCUUCAUGCUACGUGUGGACAAAAAAGAACACAUGGGCUCGGCGGAAGCCCGGGGCCAACGUCGAGGGCUAUCCAGGGGUCAAAAAAGACGCCACACUCGGAGAAGGGUAUUCACGGUUCCUCCAUCGCGACAGGAAUGUUUUUACUUGCGACUCCUUUUGCACGAAGUUAGUGGUCCAACGAGCUACAAUAACUUACGGACGGUUAAUGGAGUUUUAUGUGACACUUUUCGUGAGGCCUGCCUCCGUCUCGGCCUUUUGGAAGACGACAGCCAGUGGGAUGCCACAAUGGCUGAGGGAGCUCUUUUAAAAAUGCCCUCUGCUUUGCGCCACCUCUUCACCACAAUCUUACAAAUGUGCGAACCCAGUGAUCCCAAAUCACUUUGGGACAAAUACAAGGACUUUUUGUCAGGGAAGCGCAACUGCUGUGUCCAACAAUGGCUCUUACAUUCAACGAUGGAAUUUACAACAGGGCGCUUAUAA